AUUUCAGUCCAACAGAAGUUUAUAAACAGCUCUAAUCUUAUUGUGGAUAUUAAUAAAAUCUUUAGAAUGUUUACAAGUGCUUUAAGUUAGAUCUUAGAAUUAAAGAAUAAAGAAUAUGAUGCCUCUUUAAUAAAAUAGACUAUAAUAAAUUUAAGUAAAUUGAACUAAAUCGAAAUAAUGGCUUUGAUGGAGAUUGUGUAUUAAUUAAGACUAUGCUGUCCAAAUGAUGAUAAUAAAUAAGAGUUAUUGAAUGAAUUAUAAUAUCUUCUGUAAAGUUAAAUAGCAGCUGAUCGUACAGCUAUUGCUAAUACCAAUAACUUCUUAGAAUAUAAAACUAAAUGUAAUUCAAAUAAUACAGGUGUGAUAAUUCUUAAUCAUCAAGGAUAAUUUAGUAAAUUAGUUUAUUAUCUUUAGUUCUCUCUGAUCAAAUUUCCAGAAACAUUUUAGAAAUAAAUUCAAAAGAAGAACUACAAUAAAAAAACUUUUUCUCUCUUAUCAGUAAAGUUUCUGAAGGAAAACUAAAGCAAGUUCUAAAAAAUAGUUGUUUGUUAUAAAAUGGACAAAUAAAAGAUUGUUUUGAUAUGACCAUAUAUUCUGAUAGAAACAGAAAGAAAAGUCUUAAAUAUUUAAAUUAAAUGGCAUAAAUACCAUUGAAAAAGAAGAUAAAAAAAAAUAUGACUGACAGUAAAAAUGAAAUAUUAUUUUUUAGAAGAUAUUAAAGCCUUGCCAAAAGAAUAAAUAUUGAUGGCAAAGUAUUUAAAAUCAAUAAAAGUAACCAUUUUAAAAGUUACUAUUCAUAUUCAUAAAGAGUUUAUAGAUUCUUUUUCAGAUUCAGAUGAUAUUAUUUUAAGUAAUUUGGAUACUUUGGGUUAAUCAACAGUUAAUUAAUUAGCCAUAUGUGAAGUAAAAGAAUUAGAUGAACACAUUAAAUUAUCUCUUUAAGAGUUAAUGUAAGAUCCUUAUAUUUGUAAACAUGAAAGUAUUGAAAUUUAAAUUAUAUUAGUUAAAUGGAAAAAGAGAGUAAGAAAGUUUAAAGGGCAGAAUUCAGAUGGUGAAGAUGAACUUUGAUUUGUUAUUUAUAUAUAAUUAU